AUGGAGACAGGCUGCACUGCAGGGCUCCUCUUGUCUCUUGCAGGCUGUGACUCUGGCUUUGGGCAGGCGACGGCACGGCACUUGGAUGCCAUGGGCUUUCAGGUGUUUGCCAGUGUGCUGGACCUGCAGGGACCUGGCGCCCAGGAGCUGCGCAGGAGCUGCUCCUCAAGGCUGACACUGCUGCAGAUGGACCUGACCAAGCCAGAGGACAUCCAGCGCGUCCUGCAGCACAUCCAGACCCAUACCAACAGCACAGGGCUCUGGGGCCUAGUGAACAAUGCCGGCUUCAAUGACACCAUUGCUGACGCUGAGCUCUCACCGCUGGGCAAGUUUCGCACCUGCAUGGAGGUGAACUUCUUCGGCUCGCUGGAGCUCACCAAGGGGCUCCUGCCCCUGCUGCGCUCUGCUGGUGGCCGCAUCGUCACCGUGAGCAGUCCUGCAGGUGACAUGCCCUUCCCCUGCCUGGCAGCCUACGGGGCCUCGAAGGCAGCACUCAGCCUGCUCAUGGACACCUUCCGCAGCGAGCUCCAGCCCUGGGGUAUCAAAGUCAGCCUCGUCCUGCCAGGCUACUACAAAACAGGGACAACAUGUGACCCUGCCUUCUGGAACCUGCAGAAGAAGCAGCUAGUAGCCAGUCUGCCCAGAGAGCUGCUGCAGGCCUACGGCGAGGACUAUGUGGAGGAGAUCAACCGCCAGUUCAUCCAGUUCCGCCAGUUCAUCCAGUUCAUGAAGGUGGCAGUGGAGGACCUUAGCGCGGUGGUGAACAGCAUCACAGACGGGCUCCUGGCUGCCAACCCAGCUGUGCGCUACUACCCAGGGCAGGGCCUUGGGCUCAUGUAUUUCAUACACCGGUACCUGCCCUAUUUCGUGCGAGACUUGUUCCUGAAAGGGUUCUUCAUCAACCCCAAGCUGCCCCGAGCGCUGAGGCAGGAGCACCAUGACGCCACCAAGAAGGCCUGA